GCUUCAUUCACAAAUAGCUACCGUGGAUUACGCCCACACGACGAAAGGCUCCUUCCUCGAGCUGCGUUCACCCAAAUUGACCCACGCAACUUUCGGAAGAACAUUUUCCCCCAAAAUGAAAAUGUCCGCGGCCGAGAUCUCCCAGGUGCUCAAAGAGGGCGAGCUGGAGAAAAGGAGCGACAACUUGCUCCAGUUCUGGAAGAGGAAGACCUGCGUCCUGACCCCCGACAGCCUCAACAUGUACGCCGACACGCAAAAGCGCUCCAGGGGCAAAGAGCUCAAGUUGCAGCGCAUCAAGAAGGUGGACUGCGUGGAGCGCACCGGCAAAUUCGUCUACUUCACCAUCGUCACCACGGACGACAAGGAGAUCGACUUCCGCUGCCCGGGCGAGGACAACUGCUGGAAUGCUGUGAUCACCAUGGCUCUCAUCGACUACCAAAACCGCAAAGCCAUCCAAGACUUCAAGACGCGCCAGGACGACGAGAGCGCGUCCCCGGACCAGCAUGAGAGGCACAUGGCGAGGGCUCCCUGAGAACCCCCCACCGCAAGGCUCACUCUCUUCUCCUAAUAUGGAUGUGUCCGUGGCCCACACAAGAAAUAAUCAUUCAAGGACCAAGCAAAAGGGAAAGAUGAUGUCAUCCAGUCCAGCGAUGAAGGAUUGUGGACUGAGCUGUCGCAAUGACUCUCAUGUCCGGCAGAGAUUUUCCCAACUUCACUCACAUGGACUGACCAGUGAAGUUUGCUCUCAUUGGAGCAACAGAAAAAGAAGAUGCCUAUAAAAGAAUGUCUGUUAAUUUAUUUGUUUCCAGGAUAUAUUGUCUACUGGUAAACUGCACUAGUUUAAAUUAUUUGCUUGUUUCAAAGCGUGGUAUGUGUUUCUAUAUUUAUUUCAAUAAAUAUAUGUGCAUCUUUUUAACAUAA